AUGAGUGGCGACGAGAUGAUGGCGGCUAUGGGCUUCACGUCGUUUGGCCGAGUUCAUCGUGAACGUGAGAGGAAGAGGAAGAGGGCGGACGUGUUAGCGCAGUUGAUGCCUGGCACGGAGCUGACGGGCAAACGCGUGGAGUUUUCGGUUGACGGCGUGGAAGAGGGGGCGUAUGGUGAGCUGUCUCUUUUGUGUAAGGAGAACUGUUCACUUGAUGCUGCGUUGAGUGAGAAUUGUAAGAUUGAAGAGCGGAUUUUUGUGGCGAUCUCGCUGUUGCAAGAGCUUGAGAAAGAGAAAAAUAAGUUUGACGAGUUGGAGAGCCCACAGUUUCGUAGUGCUCGUGCUGCGACGAAUGCGUUUGAGCUGCUGGGGAAGCAUCGGUUCUUGAAUCGCUCAGCUAUGAAGCUGGUGACAUUGGAUCAUAUUUUCCAGUGGACGCAUGGUGCCGGAGAGAGGUUCACAUUUGCGGAUAUCUGUGGAGGACCGGGAGGUUUCUCGGAGUAUCUCUUGUGGAGAACGCAGCAGAGCAGCGAUACUCAUGGCUACGGUAUCACGUUGAAAGGUGCAGCAAACGAGUGUGACUGGCGUCUGCCCUCGAGAUUUCAUGAUAUGUUCACAAUCUGCUAUGGUGAGGAUGGAACGGGUGAUCUCUACUCGAUUGCAAAUAUUCACAACUUCCGUGACGUUGUACGGGGACGACACCCAAACGGUGUGGACUUGGCUCUAGCGGACGGCGGCUUUCUCGACGCUCGCUCGAAAUCGAAUCAGGAAUCGAUGAUGACUCGAUUGAUCUUGGCGGAGGUUCUCGCUAUGUUUGCUGUGCUACGAGUUGGUGGGGAUUUUGUCUGUAAGACAUUCGAAUUGGUGACACCGUCGAUGCUGGAGCUUUGCUGGAUACUGCAUCAAUGUUUUGAACGUUUUGCAGUCGUGAAACCCAUCACCAGCCGCCCUGCCAGUUCGGAGAGAUAUAUUGUUGCGCGAGGACUGCGUGCUGGACAUCCCACGACAAAACUUGUCGAGAUUUUAGAAGGCCGACUUGUUCAAGCCAACAACAACGAAAACAGCAACUCCCAGCUUCAUUUCUUGCAGGAACAAACACCUCUGUGCGAAGAUGUGGAUUUCCUCCAGUAUAUGAAGGUGACCAAUGAGGUUAUAGCCAGAAGUCAAAUCGAGGCAUGUAGACGCAUCAACGAGUACGCUGUCAACAAAAACAAGAGGACAUCCCGCGAAGAUGACAUCGACCCCCGAGAGUAUUACCAAUGCUGGCAGCUUGGUCGGAUUCCUCGUCAUGGAUCCGCGCAAUAG